AGCAAGUGGAGAGGUAGAGUUGGAGAGAGAGGGAAGGGAGGGAGGAAGAGGAAAAACUUACUUGAAAUCCCAGUCUCCUGAAGGAAUGCAUGUGACGCGUUGCUAAUUUUAAGUUUCCAGGGAGGUGGUAUUGGUGGUGCUGGUGGUGCUGGUGGUGGUGCUGGUGGUUAGUUUUCCGUACAAAGAUUCCCCCAAUGGUAUUCUCCUCUUUCUGGUGGUACGCUGUUGGUGCUCAUAAGGUCACUAGUUUUACCGUGCCCUGGUGCUGUUGCUGAUGAUUCUGGUGAUGUUUGGUGAUGUUUCCUGUCUCCCCAAUCACCGCCACCAUCACCACUCACUCCCCGACGUCCACUCCUGCCGGCAAAGAGAACCAAACAUCACUACUUCAGGAUCACUAGUCUAAGGUGCCGCUCGACCCCCCCACCAUGCCCUUCUCCCGUCGGUACCUUCGUCGGGCACGCGUGUUCUGGUGGCUGUGCGUGGUGGCGGCGUGGGCGGUGCUGGGGGUGCUACAGGACUCCCUUAGUGGGGGUCAGGUGGGGCCGGGGAGCUACGUGAGGCGCCCUUGGAGUGAGGACCAAGACCCCAAGAUCCCCAAGCCGCCCAAGAAUCCUAAUGUCCUUCGUGCUUCUGUUCAGGACGACACAGAGGCCGCCUGGUGGACGCCCGAGCGCCUGCAGCAGCUCCUGGACGUGCCCACCACCACGUGCCGGCGCCUCGUGAGCCUUGGGGGCGUUAGUCGCUGUGAGGAUUGCCGCACCUGUUACAAGGACGGGAACAAGCUUACCUGUCUUGACCCCGACGUCAGACCGCGGCCGGGGCAAUGCAUCGUCUACUCAAUGGGCGUGGGAGGAGAGCUUUCGUGGGACCGGGCCAUCAACGAAUACAACUGCUCCGUCUACGCCUUCGACAUGACGCUUAUGAAGUGGACCAACGCCGAGAUCGCGCCAAAGCUCCACUUCCUAGACCUCGGCCUGGCGGACUACCAUUCUGACGAGACGAUCAACAUGACAUCGGCGGAUGGCCCCGGCACGGAGUGGGAGACGCGCAAGGCUCACUUCCGCAGACUGGAAGACAUCCGGGACAUUCUGGACCACUCCCGCACCACCCUCGACGUCCUCAAGUUGGACAUCGAGUACUGGGAGUGGAAUGUCCUGCGAGGCUUAUUGUCGUCCCCGUCAAGAGCGAAGACUCUGGAGAGCGUGAACCAGAUUGCUCUAGAGAUCCACCUGGACGGGCUGAGGAACGCGUCGGCGGCGGAGCGCGUGACGGAGGCGAGGCGGGUGGAGGAGGUGCUCACGGCCCUCAACGCGCACGGCUUCCACUUGGCACACACGGAGCUCAACACGGCGCAGCAGAGGUACGCUGAGGUGCGCGGCGUGGUCUUCCCGCUGUACAGGGAGUCACUCUUCCUUCGGCGCCCGUGACAACGCUCCUGCCUCGCUAUUCCCAGACGCCUCCUUCUCCCACACCAACUAUUUCCAGAGUCCAAAAAGGAGAUCAGUCGGGUUCUCAUGAGUGUUUUUUGAGGUUCAUGGUACAGAGGAAUGGUCGAACUACCACCUGGAUCACAAACUAGCCAUGGGAAUGCUCAAAGCUCCCACGAAAGCCUUGUUAAAUAUGUGUGCUGGGGCGCCGAAAUGUUUAAUAUGAUCCCUGCUGCUGCUGUUGAUGUUACUAAUGAUUCAGAGUCGUCAGGCAAGGCAAGCACGACACUAAAAAACGACGCCAAACUGAACUCGUCGACCCCAAGAGAAAAAUACAAUCGACGUUAAAGUUAUUCAAGGAGUCAGAGGUCGUACAAAACACUGUGACGGAGAUGAGCACCGAGGUCACGUGCAGCUUCAGUGUAUGCCCCUAACUAUACCUUUGUGAAAACCCUUGUUGACGUCAGACUGAACUUACGGACGAAACGCAAUGAAGAUAAAAAAUGUAGAAAUGAAUCUGUCGACGUAGGCCUAAACUAACUGAUAUCAGAUUCUAGUUCUACCAACGUCAAACUGAUAUCAAGGACGUAGAAGGGAAAUAUGUGAUGUCAGAUUGAACUCACUAGCGCAAAACUGAGCCCAAGGAUGUCAAACAGAACUUACGAAUACUAACAUGAAAAUAGUCCCAUCCUAUCGACAUAUAAGUGAACCUAUCGCCGUAAGACAGAGUACAUAUAGAUAGUUUACUGCUGCUGCAACUAAAUAAAACAAUAGAGGGGACAUGAUCGCAGUUUGCUAAUUGUCCUGAAAAAAUGUAUUAAUGACGAAAAGAUAAAUUGAAUAUCCCUCAAAAAGAAAAAUGAAAAAAGGUGAAGCCUCUUAAUAGAUGAAAAAGUUAAACCUGUUGAUUGAUGAAAAAGCGAAGUCUGUUAAUAGAUGAAAAAGUGGAGUCUGUUAAUAUAUGAAAAAGUGGAGUCUGUUAAUAUAUGAAAAAGUGGAGUCUGUUAAUAGAUGAAAAAGUGGAGUCUGUUAAUAUAUGAA